AGACGAUUUAUUUCAUGCUCCAAGUACUGGUUCGUUCACUUUCUCACCUUUCGUACAGCAGCCGCAGUCACAGCAGUUUCAGCAUUCUUUCUAUAUCUUCGGUCGUUCCCCUGCUCAGCAACAACAACAGCAGUAUCAGCAACCACAGCAAGUACAGCAACAGCAACAACAACAACAACAACAACAACAACAACAACAACAACAACAACAACAACAACAACAACAACAACAACAACAACAACAACAACAACAACAACAACAACAACAACAACAACAACAACAACAACAACAACAACAACAACAACAACAACAACAACAACAACAACAACAACAACAACAACAACAACAACAACAACAACAACAACAACAACAACAACAACAACAACAGCAACAACAGCAACAGCCAGGCAUUGUUUUUCAGCCUCCAAAUUUACUUAACAAUACACAGAUCAAGACAACCGACUUAAGCGUUUCUGAAGUGUAACACUGUACUCGAGGAAGAUUACAGGGGAGCACGCGAGUCAACGGAGGUUACACGAGGGGGCGGACAAAGAAUGCGAAAGGACUCGAAAGGUCGCAACUGGAGGUUGCGACUGACCGUUACAACAUCACGGAUGCGUUUCUGAAGUGUAACACUGUACUCGAGGAAGAUUACAGGGGAGCACGCGAGUCAACGGAGGUUACACGAGGGGGCGGACAAAGAAUGCGAAAGGACUCGAAAGGUCGCAACUGGAGGUUGCGACUGACCGUUACAACAUCACGGAUGGACUUAAGCGUUUCUGAAGUGUAACACUGUACUCGAGGAAGAUUACAGGGGAGCACGCGAGUCAACGGAGGUUACACGAGGGGGCGGACAAAGAAUGCGAAAGGACUCGAAAGGUCGCAACUGGAGGUUGCGACUGACCGUUACAACAUCACGGAUGGUAACCGAAGCGGCAAUCGAGUCGCUGUGCGACUCGAUAAACCGUUCCUGUAACU